AUGCCAUUCACUUCGUUCGCCCAUCUAGUUUUCUUGUCCGCUUUGCUGGCCAUCGUCAAAGCUACUGGGCUGCCCAGCAAGAUAUAUGGUGUUAACCUAGGAUCUUGGUUGGUCUUGGAGCCAUGGAUGCUGCCACAGGAAUGGUCCAACAUGGGCGGGCAGCAAUGUAGCGACUGCUCCAAGUGUAUCGCAUCAGAGUUCGCGUUUGCCCAGGCCUAUCCCACAACCGUCGACGCCAUUUUUGCAAAACAUUGGUAUGCGAAACCCAAUAUCCUGCCCAACAGUCCCAAUGGUAAUGAGAGCUAG